ACCGAGGUCGAAGGUAACGAAAAGGAGAGAGAAAGAGAAAGACAAGUGUUUUGCUUCCUUUAAAAUUUUAAUUUAGCAAAUUCAUUCAUUCAUUCUGGCAAAUUUCGCCGAAAAUUCCAAAACCCCUUUUUAGAAAACUCGAUUUCCUAAUUCAACUCUUCUAUAUCUCUCUUCUUUGUUCCUUCAGAAACAAUUGCUCUCUCUCUCCCUCUCUUUAAGGUGAUCAAGAGAAUCAGUGUGUGUUUAUCCAUAUUACAGAUCAUCUGAACAGAAGAGGGAGGGUACUGGUUUGCGGAGGCGGUCGGACUUCUGCGAGCUUAGAAUCCUCUCUCCUUUAUUUAUUUUUCGAAACCAUAGUUAUCGAUUACUGCUGCUGGGGUCUUUGUCUCAGAGAGUUCAUGUAGCAAACUCAAUAUUUUGGUGAUCUAUUGAGUUAAGGAGUGAGAAAAAUUUUAGUUGAAAGGGAGAACGAUAUUGAAGCUUGAACAAUGGGUUCUGUUUGUAGCUGUUUGAAUGCUGGUGAUCUUGAAGAUUACAUGAAUCCAAACAAUCCUGCAUAUAGGAACUGUGUGUGUAUCAGUUGCUUCCUACAGCACUUUUUGAAUGUGUAUACCUCAAUAUUCCAUAGAGGGGAAGUGCAUUCAAUUCCUUCAUCUAUACAGGGUGCAGCAUCUAUGACUUCUACAGCUUCACUUGAUAAUUCUCUAUCUGAUGUGUACCGUUCUCCUCCAAGGCCCUUGCCUUAUGAUGCAGAUCCCCGGUGUUUCCGUUCACAGCGUGAUGGACUAGUUUCAAGACGUGAGAAGGGUUCAAGUCAUUUGAAUGAGGAGUCAGAACCUCUAAGAGGUGAUGUAGAUGCUGACUCAGAAUCUAUAAAUUCGGGUGGUAAAUGGAAUGAUAUUUCUGAAGAUGGAUCAAAGGAAUACCGUUCUAAGUCCUCUGUGCGACUUUCAUCGGCAAAACUUACGACUGGAGCUGCGCUUGUUGAUUCAUCAUCAGAAGAGGAGGAUGUCUGUCCAACUUGUCUUGAAGAAUACACUGAAGAGAAUCCAAAGAUAUUGACAAAAUGCUCUCAUCAUUUCCAUCUUGGUUGCAUUUAUGAGUGGAUGGAAAGAAGUGACAACUGUCCUGUUUGUGGGAAGGUGAUGGUAUUCGAUGAAACGACUUAAUCAAAAAGGUUCACGUCGUAGAUGAUGCCAACAACGAAGAAAGGAAAGAAAAUUCAAGUAUAUAUUGUGAAUAUUUCAGAUUAAGCUCUUAUCAUGUAUAGUAAAUAUUUAAGUUUUAUUCACCAUCAUUGUUUGCUCAAUCUCAUCCAAGUUGGUUUUAUAUUUAUACUUUUAUCUCUUUUCUAAGCUUCCAAGGUUAAACGAAAAUGCCAUUUUAGAUGGAAACUUUGUCAAUGUUUUAACAGUUUGCCUUGUUAUCGAAGAAUUUCCCCUCUUUUUAUUUUUUUUUGGUUUGUUUUUGUCGUUUGUUAUGAGUUUGGAAGUUGGAACCGUUUCUUUUUGCCCCUUAACAAAUGACGAGAGGGAGGGAUAAAGAUGUUUUUUUCCCAAUCGAUUUGCAUGGAAUUAAUGGGAACAAAUGUUGAACUAAUGCAAUUAGUACAUUGCUAAUUUUUAAAAUCAAGUAAAGUAAAUAUGAAAAUAAAAAUGCAUGUAAACAUAUUCUCUUAAACUAGUAAAUUUAAACUGAUCAACUUAUAGGCUUAUACAUUCAGUUUAAUCCAUCUUAACACAAGGGAUUUUAUAACAUUUUUGUCGCCAUAACAGGCAGAGGGGUUGCAUAAUUUUCUCAGAUUUGUAUGCAUACUGCAAUAGUCAAAAGCAAUUGAAGGUAAACUUGAGUUUAAAUGUAUUUAAUUUUGUAAAAUUUAUUUUGUUUUAAAAUGAAUUUAAGGUAAGGUGAUUUGAUAUAUGUUUGAUUUUUUUAAUCACACACUAAUUCAUUGUUAAUAAAAGCAUCGUCCAAAAAAAGCCAUGUCCCGCUACUCGUAUUUUUUUCUUUCCUUAGGUACUUCAACGUCAUUGGACAACAGAAUGAACCUAGCCAAAACUAAAGUGUCAAAUGUACCUUGAUUUCCUAUUUUGUUUUCAGAAAAAUUGAUAAUCAAAAUGCGGCAGAAAGAUUAUGUAGCUUAAAAGCUAUUUUUAUAUUGAAUUUAACAAAAACCAAACAAUUGAAUAAUUGUUGGUUGUAGGCUUGUUAGGAAGACUGCAAUGUCAAUUAAAUAGGCGAAGUCAUUCGAUUUAUUAUUGCUGC